AUGCAGCUCGACGAGAUUACAGACCAAAUGGCCGACGCCAUGAUUGCCGAGACGCAGCGCCGCGACGCCAUUGCGGCAGCGGCGGCGGCAGAAGCGUCGGGCCAGGCGGCCCCCGGCGCCGCGAAGGGCGCCGCGCUGCCCCCCGGCCACGCCCUGCUCAGCGGUAAGACGGCCGACGAGGUGCUCGCGGACCUCAACAAGUCGCCGCUCUUCAUGACGGAGCUCGAGGAGAACGACGACGUCGCGGCGCUGCAGGCGCUCGCGUACGAGGGCACGGCGCGCGAGAACGGCGAGGAGUUCAAGGAGCGCGGCAACGAGUGCUUCAAGGCCAAGAUGUACGCCGACGCCAAGGAGUUCUACACCAAGGGCAUCGACAUCCUCGCGCUCGAGGAGCGGAGGCGGGCCAAGGGCGAGAAGACGUUCCACACGGAGAAGGCGCAGAGCGGCGACGGGGAUGACGCCGAGGAGCGGGACGUCGAGGUCGAGGACGACGACGACGAGAUUGCCAAGCAGAGGGCCGUGCUCGAGAGCCUGUACGUCAACCGCGCGGCGUGCCACCUCGAGCUGGGCAACUACCGGUCGUGCUGGACCGACUGCGGCCUCGCGCUGCGGCUGAACCCCAAGAACCUCAAGGCGUACUACCGCUCGGCGCGCGCGCUGCUCAAGGUCGACCGUAUCGCCGAGGCCGACGACGCCUGCGCGCGGGGCCUGGCGCUCGACCCUGACAACAAGCCGCUCAAGGCCGUGGCGCAGGACAUCAUCAAGGCGGCGGAGCGGGCCGACGCCAAGACCCGGCGCGAGGCCGAGAGGAUGGCCAAGGAGAGGCGGCGCGAGAUGCUGCUCAAGGCGGCGCUCGCGGCGCGCGGCAUCAAGACGCGCACGACGGCCCAGCCGCCCGAGAUGGAGGACGCGCGCAUGAAGCUCGUGCCGGACGAGGACGACCCGUCGAGCAGCCUGAGCUUCCCGGCCGUCUUCCUGUACCCGCUGCAGCUCGAGAGCGACUUCAUCAAGGCCUUCAACGAGACCGAGUGCCUGGCGGACCACCUGGCCUACAUCCUGCCCGUACCGUGGGACGACAAGAGGGAGUACUCGCCCGACGGCGUCGAGUGCUACAUGGAGACGACCAAGGGCGGCCUGGUCAAGGUGGGCAAGAAGGCGACGCUACUGAAGAUCCUGAGCGGGGGCAACGUCGAGGUCGUGGACGGCAUCGUGAGGGUCUACGUCGUGCCUGCGGCCAAGGCCAAGGGGUGGAUCGAGGAGUUCAAGAUCAAGAAGGCCGCGGAGAAGGGCAGCAGCUAG